UUCAGAACGCGGAAGCACGGCUGCAAAACACCCAACGUGACUCCUUUAGUACCAAACAUGGCUCAUCUCCUCAAGAAGAGGAAACUGGAUAAAAAUGUCCAGGAGAACCUGUACUUCGACAGCUACUCUGACGUGACCAUCCAUGAGGAGAUGAUCGCGGACCAUGUGCGGACCAACACGUACCGGACGGCCAUCCUGCGGAGCAGCGACUCGAUCCGGGGCCGGGUGGUGCUGGACGUGGGCGCGGGCACCGGUGUGCUGAGCAUGUUCUGUGUGCAGGCCGGGGCCAAGAAAGUAUACGCCGUGGAGGCAUGUUCGAUCGCUGAGCAGGCGGUGAAAAUCGUCAAACAGAAUCAGAUGGAUGACAGGAUCGAGGUGAUCAGAGGCACCGUGGAGACCAUCGAUCUACCCGUGGAAGGCGUGGACGUGAUCGUGAGCGAGUGGAUGGGAUACGCGCUCCUGCACGAAUCCAUGCUUAACUCGGUGCUUUACGCGCGGGACAAAUGGCUCAAACCGGGAGGCCUCAUGCUGCCAUCCAAAGCUGAGCUGUACAUCUCCCCGAUCAAUGAUCUAGUGGUGGAGGACCGGUUGAACUUCUGGUGCACCGUGAAGGACCAGUACGGCAUCGACAUGUCUCCGAUGUCCGAGUUCGCCAAGAAAUGCAUCAUGAACAAUGACAUCGCCAUCAACCUGGUGACGGUGGAGGACGUGCUGUCUCACCCUUCCAGACUGGCCGAGCUGGACCUGCACACCGUGACCCCGGAACAGGUGGCCUCGGUCCGGGGGACGUUCUCCUGCGAGUGUUUCGGCUCCGCGGCGGUGAACGCGCUGUGCGUCUGGUUCACGGUCAGCUUCCCCGGUGACGACAAGCCGCUGGUACUCUCCACGUCCCCAUUCAAACCCGAGACGCACUGGAAACAGGCCGUGCUGUACCUGGACUCGCCCAGGGACGUGAUGCAGGACACGAAGGUUGUGGGGGAGAUCCACAUGUACCCCUCUGAGGAGAGUGCUCGCCAUAUAUGCAUCCAUGUGGAGUGUGCAAUCGGAGAGCAUAAAAAGCAGUCCAAAACAUUCUCCAUCCCCGACGGCUACUCAGAGGCCCAGCAGUAGUGCUGAGUGGCUGACGUGAUCCACGCAACAUGUGUCAUUAUUGGGCCAGUUUUACAACCAUUCUGUCCCUGUAUUUUUAAGUGCUGUUUAGGAAACUCUAUGACGCGUGCAAAGACGGGCAGAUUGCAAAGACAUGAAGUCCAAGAUAAAUGGAUAACAACUAGGCCUACUCAUAGCUGUCAAAGCUGAGAUCACUGAGUUGACCUGCCUAAAAACGAGAAAUGAGAGGGAUUAACUAAUAGCGUAAGAGAAUAUUAUGUAAAACGAAAGUUGAAGGAGAAUUGUUUUAUUAUUCACACUCAACUCAAUGCCUAAUAAAUUGUAUUAAACCUAAUCCUUUUUUUCUUUUCCACUAUGCACUGCAAUUCCCUUCCAAUGUAUUAUUACAACCCUUAAAGUGGGGUUGUGUUUUUCUAAAUAGCUUUUUAUUUAAAAUAUCUUAAAAUGAUGUAAAAUAUUGCUUAAGGUCCAAGGUAAUGUUUUUUAUUUUUAAAUGUUUUCCUCUAGGCAGCAAAAAAACACAUUGCCAAAAGAAAAUGUAAAGUUAGGGCAGGCUGGUUAAAUAGCCAACUGUAUUUUCUCACACGGGUCUUUUCAUCAUCAAGAUAACAUGUAUGGCUCCUAAACCUUUCAGGGGCUGCAAUCCUAGGUUUUCUAACUGCUUGCCACUGGAAAAGUUUAACUGCUGUAUGGCAACCAGACAAGGCAAAACCAACCAGUCUGGUCUUGCAUCAUGUAUCACAGCUCUAUUGUGUUAGUAAUAUACAACGCUGUCUUUGUAUCAUGUUAUAUAAUUUUAACGUUUUGAAAGGUGCUUCAUGAAUAAGGGUUAUUGUCAUGUUUAUGUUAAUUACAUGAAGUAGUUCAAUAUAAAUGCUCACAAAUGAAAUCUGUGUAGAGCGUUGAACACAAUGACAAUGAUAUGACCAUCAAACAGACUGAUACAGUUUGCCCCAUACGUCAUCACUCAGUACGUUUACAUGCACAGCUUAAUAUGAUUAAAGCCAUAGUUAGAAUAUGCUCUUCAAUUGGACAAAGGCAAUUGUUUGAUUAUACAUUGCAAUGUGAAAAUUGAUUCAUUGGCCGAAGCGUCGGAGUAGCUGCGGGAGUCCGCAUACGGCAAGAAUCCCUUUCUCCCUCAUGUCGCGGUUCAAUCUGGGCUUCAGAGAGUCAAAGCCAAAGUUCCUUUCCCCCAAUUCCUUCCCCAACAUGGCCGAGAUAACCUCCAAUACGAGUCUUUACUUAAUGUGGAAGUAAGCUACCAGAGAGUCUGAGAACCCAACACAGUCUAAGAUUCAUAAUAUUAGACAAUAUCCCCGUCUGUUCGGUGCGAAUGAAUUAAGAUCAUAAACACGUCGGAAGAAAAAAACAUUUAUUUUGAGAAAUGUGCCCGAAGUUACUAGGCCUACCUUACAACCUCGUUGAUGACCUACAUUUAGAAAAACAUGCACAUUUAAUUCAGCCUUGGUUUAAAUCGAAGAGUAGUGUGUGCAUGUCUUAUAGGGGGUAACUACAUUGGCACG